AUGCCCCAGCCUCCGAAUUUGCAUGAAAUAUUGACUCCCAUGAUUGGAUCAACCCCGAUACCAAAUUUAUCACCCGAGCUACAGGAAGAUCAUAAUUCAUCAUAUUUCGAUACACCUUCACCAGAUCGACGAAUGGGAGAUGGACAAGGCAAUUCAAGAAGUCCAAUAAAGUAUACUUUGGUUAAUACACAAGGCAAUGGAUCAGCCAAAUAUGACAUUCAAGCAAGCAAGUUAACUAGCAUAAUAGAUGCACAUCAGAUGAACCUUCCGGAAUUAAGCACUAUACAGGCAUCCUUGAAAGAACUAAAGAAGACAAACACAACAAGAAUACAUGAACUCGAGGAAUACCUCAGGAAACUCAGGCAGUCGAAAUGA